GAAACUUGCCGCGGGAAUCCCUCGGCAACUGUGCAAGGUCGGUCGGUUCCAACGAUCGCGACCAUCGUCCACGAUCAUUCUGCAUUUGUCUUGGCGCCGCCAACAUGUCGCCUUCCCUUUGCAACAAGAAGUCCACCGCAGACGACUGGAGCAAACUCGAGUACAAUGUCGGGUGGGGCAACCACUUCGCGUCGGAGUGCCUUCCCGGCGCGCUGCCGCAGCACAUGAACAACCCCCAACAGUGCAACUACGGUCUCUACUGCGAGCAGCUAUCGGGUACGGCGUUCACGCUUCCGCGCCACAGCAACCAGCGCACUUGGUUGUACCGUAUCUUGCCCCCUGUCGUGCACGCCGAGUACAUCAAGACGUCGUCGGGCGAUGUUGUCACGGACUUUUCCAAGGAACACACGACACCUCAGCAACUCCGUUGGGGUCCUAUGGAGUUCCCUGCCUCGUAUGAAUCUGUUGACUUUGUCCAAGGGCUCAAGACAAUGGGUGGUGCCGGCGACCCGACAUUGAAGGCGGGUAUGGCCGUCCACAUGUACGCCGCGAAUGCGUCGAUGGUGGACAAAUGCUUCUACAACUCGGACGGCGAUUUCCUCGUCGUGCCACAAGAAGGUUCGCUACGCAUCCUCACGGAAAUGGGCAAGCUCUUGGUUUCCCCGCACGAAAUCGUUGUUCUUCCGCGCGGCAUCCGCUUCACCAUUGACGUCGACGGUCCCGUCCGCGGCUACGUCUUGGAAGUGUACAACCGCCAUUUUGUCCUCCCGGACCUUGGCCCGAUUGGCGCCAACGGUUUGGCCAACCCCCGCGACUUUGAGCACCCCACCGCGUGGUACGAAGACCGCGACUGCAACUACACCGUCGUGACCAAGUUUGCUGGCGAGAUGUUCUCGGCCAACAUGACGUUCUCGCCCUUCAACGUCGUGGCUUGGCACGGAAACUACGUGCCGUACAAGUACAACUUGGACCACUUUUGCACGAUGAACGCAGUCAGCUACGAUCACCCGGACCCGUCGAUCUACACUGUUUUGACGUGCCAAACAGACGAACCAGGCUGCGCCGUCGCUGACUUCGUCAUUUUCCCGCCCCGAUGGAUGGUCCAAGAGAAAACGUUCCGUCCUCCUUACUACCAUCGCAACCACAUGACCGAAUUCAUGGGCAUGAUCUACGGCCACUACGACGCCAAGACGGACGACGGAUUCGUGCCUGGGGGAGCAUCGCUGCACAGCUGCCACACGGCCCACGGCCCAGACACAGAAACGUUUCUGGCGGCGUCGUCGGCGGACUUGAAGCCCGUCAAGUUUGACGGCGGGUUGGCUUUCAUGUUUGAGUCGACGUAUCUCAUGAAAGUGACAAAUUACGCGAUGACGUGCCCACAAAUGGACCACGAGUACUACAAGUGCUGGCAGCCGCUCCCCAAGCUGUUCAACCCACUCAAAAAGUAAAUCGCCCUGUAGACUCGUCAAUGCCAGUUUUCUAUAUAUACCGUCAAUUCCCUCACUGCACGAACGGUUGCCAUGAUGACACAGCGGCAAGAAAUAUCAUCCGAUUACCCACCAAAUAUACAUAUGCAAGCCA